AUGACUUCAAAUAUGGAAAUUUGUACCCCUUCCACAAGUUCAGCUGCUAACGAAAAACAAAAUGAACAACAACAUGCUUUCCCUACAAAUUUUAAUUAUUUAGCUGUCGGAAGGGAAGAAGAAAAACUUAAAUGGUUAGUGUUACAACAUGUAAAGCCUAGUACUUUCAAAACAAUUUUUGAACCUAUGAUGAGUAAUAAAAAGCCGAAUAGAAGAGAUGAAUUGACUUGUGUUCAAGCUUGUAUGUUACUUAAAUCUAUACAAGAAUUCCCGGAUAAAUUAGAACCUGCUUGUUAUGGUUUAAUAAAUUUACUCAACACUGAAACAAUGUAUUUGUAUUCUUUGGACAAGAUAAUUACAAAAAUAAUUACAACUGCUGUAGAGGAAAAAAUAAUUAGUUUAUUACUUGCGUGCCAAUUAUUAGUUACCUCCAUUGAUUUUCGAAUGGAACGAAGACUAAAUCCAGAAAAAAUAAAAUUUGUUCGUAAAAGUAUUGAGCAAAUGGAUUACAAAAAUUUGAGAGAUUUGGUGAAACUUUUACUGGUUGAAAAAUUGGAUAAGAUGGAUUAUCUAUUAGAUGAAUAUCAGCAUCAACAAUUGGAACCUAUUGAAGAGGUUUUUUAA